ACAAAGAGGUAACCUUUUUAAUUCCUUGACCACCGGUUUAGAUUCUAGUGAAGCUUGUAAGCCUUAUCCAAGUUGGCUUCUCUAAUCUUGAAGACAAGAAACAAAUAACAAAAGAAAGAAAGAAACCACCUUUCCAUCAAUUCAAGAGGAGAAAAUGUAACUGUAAACUAUUCCUCAGGUAUCAAAUUUAAAGAAAGCCUAAUAAUUGCAAUCGGCAACUUUCCAAUUUCACUACUCAAUUCCACCAAAAUCUUGCAUCUAACAGAGAUUUUUGGGUCAAAUUGAGAAGUGGAAUCAGGAAAGCUGUCGUUUGCAAGUUCAGAUCUUAACCAGAGAACCGUCUUCAGUUUAAAGAACGCCGAUCUGUUCAUCCGACGGUCAUGAGCGAAAGAAGAGAGAAAAAAGAGCAAAAUAAUAAGAAGAGAUAUGGCAGAGAGAGAAGACUAAUAGAGAUGACAAGUAAAUCUUAUAUAUAGUCAAAUAAAAAAUGCUUCCUUUAUGUUUUUGUUCGAUCGUUGGGACUUGGGCGCAUCUUCAUUUUCCCCUCUCUCUCUCUCUCACUCUCUCACUAGCGCCAUGGACGAGAGCCAAAUCGCUUCACUCCUCAAAUCAUCAGAGCUCUUUCCGACUCCUCAAAGCGUCAAGCUUUCGUACGGAACGGCUGGGUUCCGAGGCGACGCAAAAUUGCUGGAUUCGACGGUUUACAGAGUUGGGAUCCUCUCAGCUCUCCGAUCGCUCAAGCUAGGGUCAUCGACCGUCGGCCUCAUGAUCACAGCGUCGCACAACAAAGUCUCCGACAAUGGCAUUAAAGUCGCGGAUCCAUCUGGUGGUAUGCUCUCUCAAGAAUGGGAGCCCUUCGCAGAUCAGAUCGCGAACGCGUCUUCUCCUCGAGAGCUCGUCUCGUUGAUUAGAGAAUUCGUGGAGAAGGAAGAAAUUGCAAUCGGAGAAGAGAAGAAGAAUAAAAGUGCAGAGGUUUGGUUGGGAAGGGAUACGAGACCUAGUGGUGAAUCUCUUCUCCGAGCUGCGGAGAUCGGUGUCUCAUCGAUUUUGGGAUCUGUUGCCAUUGACAAGGGGAUUUUGACAACUCCGCAGCUACAUUGGAUGGUUCGAGCUAAGAACAAAGGUCUCAAGGCAACGGAAAAUGAUUACUUUGAGAAUCUCUUUACUUCAUUCAGGUGCUUGAUUGAUCUGAUCCCAAAUAGUGGAAAGGACAAGUUAGAAGUUAGCAAAGUGAUCGUAGAUGGUGCUAAUGGUGUGGGUGGAUUGAAGCUUGAGGAGCUAAGAGAGUCUUUGAACAAUCUAGAUCUUGAGAUUCGUAACACAGGAAGAGAUGGAGGUGUGCUUAAUGAAGGUGUAGGUGCAGAUUUUGUGCAGAAAGAAAAGGUUGUACCUUUAGGAUUUGGGUCAAAGGAUGUGGAGACGAGGUGUGCGAGUUUUGACGGCGAUGCAGAUCGAUUGGUUUACUUUUACAUUCCUACAGAAUCUUCUACUGACAAGGUUGAGCUACUCGAUGGGGACAAGAUUCUAUCUUUGUUUGCUCUCUUUAUCAAAGAGCAACUAAACACUCUCGAUGAUGAUGAUAAAGAAGGGACGCGUUCUCGUCUUGGUGUUGUGCAGACGGCUUACGCAAAUGGUGCAUCCACGGAUUAUCUCAAGCAGUUGGGUUUAGAUGUUGUUUUCGCAAAAACAGGGGUGAAGCAUUUACACGAGAAAGCAGCAGAGUUUGAUAUUGGAAUCUACUUUGAAGCUAAUGGCCACGGGACUAUUCUCUUCUCGGAAACUUUCAUAUCGUUGUUAGUUGCCAAACAAAAGGAUCUUACUCAAGGCUCUGAAGAGCACAAAGCGGUUUCUAGACUAGUGGCGGUGAGUAAUCUGAUUAACCAAGCGGUUGGUGACGCUCUAAGUGGAUUGCUCUUGGUUGAAGUGAUUCUGCAACACAUGGGAUGGUCAGUACAGAAGUGGAAUGAGCUAUACAAAGAUCUUCCUAGCAGACAGAUUAAGGUCGAAGUUCCAGACAGAGCAGCAGUUGUGACCACAAGCGAAGAAACCGAGGCUCUGAAACCCUUGGGGAUUCAAGAUGCCAUUAAUGCUGAAAUCAAGAAAUAUCCGCGUGGCAGAGCUUUCAUAAGGCCAUCAGGUACAGAAGAUGUUGUUAGAGUAUAUGCUGAAGCAUCGACACAAGAAGCUGCUGAUUCUUUGGCGAAUUCUGUGGCUCAGCUCGUCAAAAGCUUCCUGGGUUGAAGCUAAAAGGUCCAUCUGAAUCUCUGUUUUCUUUGUUGCUCUUCUAGCUCUUCUUCUCCCUCUCCCUAAUGUGAACUGAAGCAUACUUUGCUUGCCUGAAAAGAACCCACAAGGCAUUACUCUUUUUCUAUCUAAGAA